AUGUUGUCAAGAACUUAUUCAUUCACUAUUAGCAGUAUUAAUAUAGUAAUUGGCCUUAUUUUGCUUUGUUUUAAUACUGAAUUUUAUCAUAAUCCAUCAUGGAAAAUAACAAUUGAACAAGAACAAAAACAUUUAUUAGUUGAUAGUUUAAUACUUUCAAAACGAGCACAUUUAUUUUUUACAUAUGGAAUAAUUUGUUGUGUUUGUUUAGUAGCGAUACAUCUAACUAACGUUAUUCUACUUGUCUUUGUUUCAAGUGAAAUUCAUGUUCCGAAAUCUUCCUCUUUAUACAUUAAUGUCAUUUUAUUUACAUUGGUAUUCGUCACUAAUUUAUUUGAUUGGCUAGUGUGUUAUGAUUUAUGUUUCUACGAUAAAUGUUAA